AUGCCUGCUCAACCGUCGCUCACAAGCACGACUAAGAUACAGUUCAUCGCAUCCACGGUCUCCAGCAUCGUCAAGACCGGCAUCUUCGAGGAGAUGGGGCAUGACCCGUCAAACUUUGCCGCCAUGUGCGCGGCUCAGGCUUCGCAACCGGUGCUGCGGCUCGAGGCUCAGCUUCUGGUGGAGCUCGCCAGGCUGAACGGAGACGCAACGGCGAUGACUGAAAUCAUCGACGCCGAGAUGGAGGCUGCUCUUGGAGCAUCUGGGGUUCCCGCCGACGUGGCGGACAACAUUUGGGCGGAAAACUGGGAACGGGUGCAUGCAAUGGUCUUUGGCUUUUUCACGGACCCUUGA